AUGGCUUGUGGGGAUGACGACUACGAUUGUCCGACUCAGGCUCUAUGGACCUUCCCAGCGCCAGGUGAUGAAUCUUUGAUGCCUGACAAGUACCCUCAGAGAUCUAGCUUCAAGGUCGAGCAAUACCUCGAGACAUCAGCCCAUCAUCCACCUACUUCUGGCUUCGGUGCAACCCCACUCUACGUCAAAGACGUUGUCGAGCUGACAUGGCCUGCGGAUUUUGAAGUUCCCUUUGCGUUGUAUCGAAAUCUUUACUGCAAACCCUGCCAGCAGAGAGUUGAGGACCACAAUAGAGAGGAAGAAUUUGACUGGGAGUCGUGCUACAGGAGACCAGGAUCUGGUGGGAUAUGGUCUACCAGCUUCGACGUGAUGGGCUCGGGCAUGGUCAAAGUUCCAGUCAAGCUCCCUUUCACUGCGCAAGCGGAUACCAUGGUCUGCGCAUUCGGGUUCCCUGGAACGAUGUCAGGUGGCCUCUCACAAGCCUUUCCCGUCAUCAACAAGACGCCACCUCCUGGCAGAGGAAGGCUCGCUUUCACGUCUGACGCUCCUCAGGGGUUGCCGUACAGGGUUGACGAGGUCAAGUCAUCGAGCCUGUAUUUCAUCGUUGGUGGCAUGGUAGUACUUGGGCUCUGCAUGGUCUUCUUCGCUCGAAUCUUCUGGCAAAAGAGGAAGGAAAGGAAGGCGUUGCAAGCCCUCAGGUUUGACUCUGAAAACCAUGGUCCUGUAGGCGGGGCUAAGACGACAAGAUACACUGACGACUUGUAA